AUGGUGAACUCUAAAAACGUGUCUGAGGACGAUGUCCCUCUGAGAGACUUUGACCCGCUUCUCUCCCACCCUGCUCUCUCUGGUAACUCUGUGUUGGGAAAACCUUCUCCUCCAAGCAGGAGGCAUCCUCCAGCAGCGGAGGGGACAUCACCUCCACCAGUCCAAAGUCCUGUCACACGCUUUAUGGAGAGGAAGGUGUUUCCAGUGUUGCAGCCUGGAUUGGAGGCUUUGUUAAGAGAAGCUCAGAAUCACGGCUGUUUCCAGAGGAAGAUGACAGCAUUUAACCCGUGUGACUUCUUAACUGAGUGGCUGUACAACCACAACCCCCGCAGACAAGGACAGCUCCCAGUGAACAUGUGCGACAUCCCCUUUGUCAAGGACUGGCUCAGCAGGCAUCCCAGACGUCCCAUCCCUCUGUUUCUGCUGCUCACCGAGGAACAGGCUGCUCUGCUCAUUCAGGCUUUCUGGAGGGGAUACAAGAUCAGAGCGCGCCCAGAUGUGCAGGAGCUGCGCCAGUGGCAAAAACAACUGAGAGAGAACCACGACAUUGCCAAAACUGUCAAGCAGUUCUGGGCCCAACAAGAGAGCAGAGUGGGCUCAGCUAUGACAGAUCUUCCAGAAAGCCCUCAGCCUGGUAACUCUGAUCUGUCCAUCCAAGUGGUUUCCCCCACCCCCCAGAGCACUGUGGUCCACACCCCCACCACCCAGAUGACCCCAGAGGCUGGUGAGUGGCUGACCCCCAGCCUAUACAGCGUGGAAGACAUGGCCUCCACACAAUGAAUAAUUUCCUGUCUAUAGCUACGGCCGGUGUUGAAUCCCUGACUGCAGCGUUUGCAAACUGAGCUAGAUGCGUGGUACUUUUUACAGAAAUCAUUUGCUCUGUGUGCAAGGUUUUUGUGGCAUGUAAAAGCAAUUAAAGUCUGUUAGGUUGAUGAAGAAAACACCAAGUAAUCAGUCAAAAAAGCCUCUAAAACCGUCUGUAAGCAGUUGGAUAUGGCGAAGCAGGGAUUUAUGGUCAAAGAUGCGUGUCUGAUUAGUUGAUUGCUUUUAUUUCCUUUUAUGAUGGAUCACUUCCUUUUUACGAGUCUCACCUAACAAAGGAACAGCAUGGUUCAUGUAUGAUACCGUCGAGGGGGAAACCUCUGGUCACAAACCUGAUAUUUCCUCUCAGUGCCUCUGGCUGAUAGCUCCCUGGAAGACAACCAGUCAUAUUCCCUUGACUUGUCAUUUCCUUUUUCUUUAGCAGUACAGUUCACUGCACAAAAGAGGUUAUAGCAUUUCCAUUCAAGUCAGGAACUGAGGCCAGAGUGAAAGGUGACUCAGCGUACACAGCAGCAUUUUCUUUUCUGUUUAUUAGAAAAGGGAAAUCCUUGUGAAGAAAACAAAAGGUGUUCACUAAAUAUACAAUAAAAUAUCCUUCUUAGAUCCACUCAAUAUUUUACAAGUGAUACUAACCCUGUUAUAUAGCUCAUGUUUGGUGGUUUAAUAUUUUUACAUACAUGUUAUUGAAAAGCUGCUAAAUGUCACAGA